CACCUCUAUUAAAGAUCCAUUCUCCCCGCCAUUCCCUUGCAUCUUUGAUCAUCAACAGUCGUCGGGAAUUGAAAAUUCCGUCCUGACAGUUCAUAAGCAGUUCGAUCGAUUUGUCGACAACCCACCAUCCUUCCUUGGUUUGUCUGUGUUGAAGGGGACCUGUAAGAACAUGGCGGGGACUGUUUUUACUCCGUCCUUGGAGGGAAUGAAGCUGGUUAAAUCUGAAGAAGGCCAUCUGUUGGCUAAGCCGUUUCUGGAAAUGUGCAAGAAUGUGCUGCCAGUCAUAGAGAAGCUUGGAUCGGCCUUGACACUUGUAAAAUCUGAUAUUGGAGGUAAUAUAACGAGGUUGGAGAACAAAUAUUCUUCUGAUCCUUCCAAGUACCAUCUACUGUACUCUAUGAUGAAAGAGGAGCUGGCUGCUAAGAAAGCAAAAGAUUCCUCAAGUUGCACAAAUGGACUUUUAUGGUUAACUAGGGCCAUGGAUUUCUUGGUUCAAAUGUUCUGCAACUUGAUUGAGCAUGCUGAAUGGACCAUGCCACAGGCAUGUAGUGAUGCAUAUAGCAAAACCUUGAAAAAGUGGCAUGGGUGGGUCGCCAGUACUACUUUCACUGCUGCUAUGAAACUUGCACCUGAGAGGAAGAAAUUCAUGGAAAUCAUAGGUGAAGGUGGUGGUGAUCUCAAUGCGGACAUUCGCAACUUCUGUACCAUGUUUCCUCCCAUCCUUGAAGAGAACCACAAAUUCUUGGCAAGCGUUGGCAUGGAUGACCUGAAGGCUUAGGUGAUCAUCAACCAAUCGGAUUGCACUCAGACUUUUGGAGAAUUUUUCUUUCUUUUCGUUAGAGAAAAUGACGAUGUUUCUAAUUAUUGAUUUUUUUCAUAUAAAUAUUCAAUGAUUCCUUUUCUUUUUGGCA